GACGGGCGCUUCACAUGCGUUCUCCAUGCUGAAGAACCCGUGGAAGAACCUACCGAGAAGCUCAGCCUCUGCAGCCGCGAUCCCGGAGUCCCCCUCGUCUCGGACUGAGGAAGUUCCUGCCACAGUAACACUCUCCCGGCUCUGGUGCGGACGCCUCCUCUGAUGAUGCAGUCCGCUUUGGACCUCAAGCCCUUCAUCCCGUUCCCUGUGGACAGCAGCUCCACACCCGUCGGCCUGUUCGCCAACUUCAGCACGAUGGAUCCCGUCCAGAAAGCCGUAAUCAACCACACAUUCGGAGUCUCCAUCCCGCCCAAGAAAAAGCAAGUGAUUUCGUGCAACAUCUGCCAGCUCCGCUUUAACUCCGACAGCCAAGCCGAGGCGCACUACAAAGGCAGUAAACAUGCCAAGAAGCUCAAAGCACAAGAGUCCACGAAAAAUAAGCAGAAAGGCGGCGGCGGCGCCCCGGAGAGCGGUGCCAAGCCGGCCAGCACCGGCCCCGUCCCGUCCAGCACUGACAGCAGCACUGAGCAAUCAGAGAAAAGCACGGAGGUUUCAUGCAUGCUCAAAGCCCAUGAUUCCCCACAAGCCUUCAUGUCCACACCGGCUGUGUUGUCCAGCCUCUGUAAGGCGGCCCCCGUUCCCUGUAGUCCACCCGCAGAACCUGCCGGUCAGUCAGCAGCGCCCGCCCUGAAGAGCGCCCCCAAACAGGCCAGCCAGCCGGAAGCCAGCCUGGAGUCCGAGGAGGAGAAAGCCAAGAAGCUGCUGUACUGCUCGCUCUGUAAAGUGGCCGUCAACUCGCUCUCACAGCUGGAGGCUCACAACACAGGUUCGAAGCACAAAACCAUGCUGGAGGCACGGAAUGGGGCUGGUCCCAUUAAGGCCUACCCCAGGCCUGGGUCCAAACUCAAAAUGCAGGCCAACGUCCUCAAAGGCUCGGGCUUGCAGAACAAGACGUUCCACUGCGAAAUCUGUGACGUUCACGUCAAUUCAGAAAUCCAGCUCAAACAGCACAUCUCCAGCAGGAGGCACAAGGACCGGGUGGCAGGCAAACCCUUGAAGCCCAAAUACAGUCCGUACAACAAACAGCAGCGCAGCUCCAGCGCCUUGGCAGCUAAGCUGGCGCUGCAGAAGGACAUGGUGAAGCCCAUCUCUCCGGCCUUCAUCUCCACCCCGUUCUCCCCCACCACCAUGCCCUCCAUCUCUCUGCAUCCACGCCCCAACGCCUCCAUCUUUCAGACGGCCACCCUGCAGCCCUCCUUCCUGCGGGCAGCUCCGGGACCCAUCCGGCCCUCCACCAGCUCCAUCCUCUUUGCCCCGUACUGACCUCCACCCUUGCCACGUUGCUGGAGCCACAGUAACAACCCCAAGGCGGGUGGCUGGGGCCAGUGAGAGACUGUUCCUCUGAACCCCACGGCCCAAGGAUAGGGGCUACGCAGCGCCACCUACGGGAUUACGGUCAGGGCGAAGGAACCGCAGGGUCUGAAGAGGGAAGAUGUGUUUGUUUAACCCCUUAAACUCUAGACUCACGGUUUAGUUACUAACCUUAAAGAAAUACUUUAGCAUUUUUCAGUCUACUCAAUCUGCUGCAUCUCUACUGUACAGUCAGUUUCCAUGGACUGUAAUUCAAAUGCAAUUCCAUUUGUACUCGAAGUCACUGGACAGUUGCAAUUCCAGGAAGAAGUUCUUGAAAUAUAUGACUAUUUGGGAUGAGCAUCUCAGUCAAGUUUGAUACUAUUUCGUUUGCAUUGUACCUUAUUUUCAUUUAUCUCUUGGAAGAAGCUCUUAAAGUGAACUUGAAUUUCAGCUCCCACCACUCCUACCUAUCAAAUGGAACAUUCAGGUAGCAUAGAGACCCUCACCAAUACAGUGUUUCACUCAAAAACAUGUUACAGUACAGAAGACUGAAAACUGCUUUCCAAUUAAUUUGACUUUAUAGCUACAAAAAUACCAAAUCUUUGUUUCUGACGAAACUGCCGAUGACAUGCACUGCCGCUCAGAGACCUCCAGCACUGCUCAGGGUCUCUAAGCAUCUAUUACUGCAUCAAAUUAAAUCCAGAACCGGACCACAGAAAUCUGUAGUAGAUGGAUGUGGCUUGAAAUCAACAGCCAGAAAUCAGUCAGUCUGAAGUCUUUAAGAUAACCAGACAAAUGCUGCCUCAGAUAAUGUAACUAUCCUAAUUGUAUCGUAACUUAUUUCAGCAUCAUUUAGCCAAAAACAGCGAGUUUGUGAGGAGUUAGUUUGCUGAUAUGAAACCUGAAAAAGUCACUAAAUUAUGUUGAAAGUCUUGUGUCAGUAAAUCUACACGAGUGCAAAAUGGCACUUUCUAUUCCUGCAAUAGCGGCACUGCACUUCUCAUCCUUCAGACGGCUGCAGUAGACUUUCUUUGUUUUCUUUCUUUAGACUAAACAGAUUAGAACCAUUAGAACAAAGCAUAAGAUGCAGGCUCUGCACUGCCCUCUGGUGGAGUAUAGUGUUUAGACAUCUCAUGGUUCUUAAAUAUAAGAAUGCAUGACAUUAGAGAGAAGCUUUCCUAAUUUACUACUAUUUUUAGGCCUUCAUGACUAUUCAGAAAUUCUGCCUCCUUAUUAAUGAAUAUAUAUUGAAUAUAUUGCUGCUAUCAGAAUAAACCUCACAUCUCCAAAGUGGUAACUUGA